GCUUGCGUUGGCUUCGUUCAAACAGGCCGCUUUCGUCACCAUCCAAUCAGAACGCUCGAUCUUCGGCCACCGCCCAAUGGGCGCGUGGAAUGGGAGGAAAGAGGGCGUGAAGCCUAAUCGCAGCGCCAUCACACUUGAGGGCAAAGAGGUAGGAAGCCGGCAUGGCGCUCUGGUCAAUAAAAUCGAUAGCUGGAAGCUGCCUGUGUUCCAGGCAAAGGCAGUGCAGUAGCAGCGCCGCCAUUUUCCCCGAAGGCAUCUUCCGGUACCUUUCCCCCAAGUUUGAGCAGGAGUUUCCUGAAUAACAGCGAGAGGUUUCCGUUAGUAGUGCAGGCGGUUGAUUCCGAUUCCCUCCUGACCUGCCCUGGGCACACUCAAGUCCCAGUCCGGCGGCGAGGCGGCGAGUCCCAAAUCUCGUGGUCCGCCAGGGGCCGAGGCCGGAACGGAGAAGUUUGUGGAGUCGGUUUCUCGGGUCCAAUGGCACCGCCUUCGGCUCCGCUUUCCGCAAGGGGAGCAGGAAAGGCCGGACCCGGCCGGAGAAGGGGAAGGAAACCAAGGGCUAUGAAGUUCGCGGACGUGGCCAUGUACUUCUCCCCGGAGGAGUGGGGUUGUCUGCUGCCCGCGCAGAGGGCCCUGUACCGGGACGUGAUGCAGGAAACCUACGGCCACCUGGGCGUGCUCGGGUGCGCAGGUCCCAAACCAGCCCUCAUCUCCUGGUUGGAACGAAAUACCGAUGACUGGGAACCAGCUGCCCUGGAUCCACAGGAGUGCCCAAGGGGGGUAACAGUCCAAAGAAAAACCAGAACCAGAAAGAAGACUGAAGAGAAGGAAGUAUUCCCACCCAAGGAGGCACCACGGAAGGGGAAGAGAGGGCGGAGACCCAGCAAGCCCCGACUGAUUCCCAGACAGACAUCUGGGGGUCCCAUCUGCCCUGACUGUGGUUGCACCUUCCCUGAUCACCUGGCUCUGAAAAGCCACAAGUGUGCCCAGAAUCUAAAAAAGCCUUACCCUUGCCCAGACUGUGGGCGCCGCUUUUCUUACCCAUCCCUGUUGGUUAGUCACCGGCGGGCACACUCUGGUGAAUGUCCCUAUGUUUGUGACCAGUGUGGCAAGCGUUUCUCUCAGCGUAAGAAUCUCUCCCAGCACCAGGUUAUCCACACAGGGGAAAAACCCUACCAUUGCCCUGACUGUGGCCGCUGCUUCCGUAGGAGCCGGUCCUUGGCCAAUCACCGGACCACACAUACGGGUGAAAAACCCCACCAGUGUCCUAGCUGUGGGCGACGCUUUGCCUACCCAUCCCUGCUAGCCAUCCACCAGCGCACACAUACAGGAGAGAAGCCCUACACCUGCCUUGAAUGCAAUCGUCGCUUCCGACAGCGCACCGCUCUUGUCAUCCACCAGCGUAUCCAUACUGGUGAGAAGCCAUACCCAUGUCCAGACUGUGAGCGGCGCUUCUCUUCGUCCUCUCGUCUUGUGAGCCAUCGGCGAGUACACUCUGGGGAGCGUCCUUAUGCCUGUGAGCACUGUGAAGCCCGCUUCUCUCAACGCAGUACACUACUCCAGCACCAGCUCUUGCACACAGGAGAGAAGCCCUAUCCUUGCCCGGAUUGUGGACGUGCCUUCCGUCGGAGUGGCUCCCUAGCCAUACAUCGCAGCACGCACACCGAGGAGAAGCUGCACGCGUGUGAUGACUGUGGCCGUCGCUUUGCUUACCCCUCACUACUGGCCAGUCACCGGCGUGUACACUCAGGCGAGCGGCCCUAUGCUUGUGACCUGUGUUCUAAGCGUUUUGCCCAGUGGAGCCACCUGGCCCAGCACCAGCUGCUGCACACUGGGGAGAAGCCUUUCCCCUGCCUUGAGUGUGGCCGUUGCUUUCGCCAGAGGUGGUCUCUGGCGGUCCACAAGUGUAGCCCCAAGGUCCAAAACUGUAGCCCUAGAUCUGUUAUAGAGGGACCCAGUCAGAAGGACAGUGCCCUUUAGAAUGGGAAGAACUGUCUUAAGUUCAUUUCAUUUCAUAGAGGGGCCCAGAGAAGGGAAGAAGAAGCCUUAGGUCACACAGGGCAGAUUCAGUACUAUAACUCAUGUCUCCUGCACAGACCUGAACUUGAGUAUAUUCCACCAUGCUGGCUGCCUUAUUCUGUCUAAAGCAGAUAAGUCCCACUGGGAGAGCUGACAUCUUUUGCUUAAAGUUUAACAAGCUACCCUACCCUAAAAUUUCUAUGUGUGGACAUCAGGGUAAAAGUUCUCCCCAUAUAUUUUAGGGUCUGUCUGCCUUUCAAACUUGCAUAUAGGGAAUACCUGUCCCCUUGCAUGCAGACAGGAGGAUCUCAAUAGGUGGCAGGAUGUUACCCUACUCUGCCUCUUCCUCUGUACCAGGUUUGAAUAACUGUGUUUAGCCCCCUUCUUACAACACUCCUGCCAAGUGGUUUUCUACCCUAACUUUAAAACUCCCUUGACAGGGAGCUCACUACCUCAAAAGGCAGGUCAUUUCAUUGUAGGAUAGCGGUGAUCUUUAGAGCAUGGUUAAAUGGCACAGUCUUCUUCUCUGUAAAGCCUUGCCCAAAAUAUGUUUAAUUCUUCUACAUGUCAGCCUUUCAGAUAACUUAGUCACAACUACUUUGUUGUUUUCAGCAUUAAUUUGGUCAAGCCUUCCUUAGAUAGGGUUUCAGUUCCCACAUAUAAUCUCCAAACAGGUGCUGGUUUUUCACUAUCCCUUUUAAAGACUCUUACAAAAAUAAGCCACCAUACCUUCUUGGUCUAUAGUUGUUUUAACAGCUCUAAAUUGCAUUGGAUUUGGGAGGAGUGCAGCACUGUACCAGGGGUUUAUUGGGUUGCAGACACCCAAAUACCUAAGGUUUUUUUUUUUUUUUUUUCCAAAAUCCUGAUUUUAGAAACAUCAAUCAGUUGCCUUCCAUAUGCGUCCUGAGGACCAAAUCUACAACAUUCUGGUGUAUGGGAUGAUCCUCCAACUAACAACCACCCAGCCAGGGCCCUAAGCUUUUUUAAACCACGUGCUAUGAAGCUAAGUUUUCUGUACCCUGUGUAUGGAAAAUUGGUUCAAGUCGGUUCUGGCACAUAAGUGCAGUGAAGUUUGGGAAAAGAUGGAUCUUAAGGAAAAGCAGGGACAGUAUGGGCUAGCAGCAAGAAGUGAAAAAAGGACCAGCUUGUACUUUACCUGGUGGAUUUGCAUUGGUUCCUGGCAUCCAGUGGUGGGAAAAUCCUUCAGCCCAGAACCUUCAUGAGCUGUCAGUCAACUUUUUUUCCCCCCAUAAAAUGAGGUGAGGUCAUUCAAGGAGGGUAGAAAGUUAGGUGAUUACAUAUAAAGCAGAAAGAGUAUACAGAGUUAUUGUGUUCAUGCCUGCCCCCUCGCAUAAGCUCCAGAAGUCUGUGUGUCUUAAUUUUUGAUUUGCUUCCAUGGCACCCACCCCUGAGUAGGUAAGUGCUCAGUAAAGCUUUACUGAAUUGAAUGAACAGUCCUGUCACUUCACCUUGGGUAGCUGCACCAAAUUGGAAUUUCCAUACCUGACUUGUCUCAUUCCAACAGCUGGAAGGGGUCAUCCUACUCCUGUUGCUUUCAGUUCUCCUGAUACCAGCCCCAGAGUGGGGGAGCAGCUGGGGAACCCAGCUUUUGUGAGUACCUCUGUUCUGAUAUUUAGCAAGUUGCAUUGUAAGAGUUUCUCCUUGGAUGAUGAGCUACCCCAAGGCAGGGGUCAGACCAGAUUGGGUCUCAUUAAAAUGUCUGUUGAAUGAA